AUGACUGUAGUCCGCAUAGUCCCGAUACCGCGACGACACACGACGCCGGACGAGAAGCUCCUUCGGCCAAGGAUACAACUGGAGACUCGAGAGCACGCAGCUUAUCUAUACAAAUUCGAGGCUACCCGACCACUCCCCGUUGUUGAUCUCAGAGACACUCUAUCAUAUCAAUGGCUGGGACCACAGCGAAAUCUAAAAUUUCUACGUUGGAUGAAGACGAAUUUUGACUAUAUGCACUUCGGCCAAGUACUGGGAAUCUUACUGGUAAUAGGCGUGGUGGCUACGCCACGUGAAGUCGGAAAAAUUCUAGGACCAGUUUCUGCGGCGCUAUCGAUGACGUCCUUAGUCAGCUCUAUGGCGACUGCAAGCCUCCAUGUAUUGAGGCUUCUCUCUCGACAUUACGAGUUCUGGUUCUUCACGGGUGCUAACUUCGUGGCUUGGACAACGCUCGCUUUCUUCUUAGGAGAUUUGUUACGAGUCAUGUGUUUAGUUCCACUCUGGCUCAACUCUCAACUUGCCAUCUCGAUGGAUUCCAACUUCCGCACGUUCGUGAUAGCUAUACGCACAAACAUUUUAUUGUUGACGGUUCUUAUAGUCAUCGCUGUUCUCGUCUUCCUACAAAACGCUUUAGCUACGUUGAUCCCGUUCAUCAUGCGAGUGUUAUACACGAAACGGAAACUCUUUGCAGCUCACAGUGCCGGCUCUAAGCUCAUCCGGUGUCAGCUGUAUCGGACGCAACUCGUGCUGCGUCCUGUACGGUACUCCCGAACUGCCAGUCUUGGCAUCGAAACCAGCAGUAGAGGUCACGUUCUGCACAAGCAGCUCGGAAUCUCGUCCCCAGUCAUGUCCAUCGCAAGUGCCAACGACACAGCUCAGCAUCAUCAACAGAUCACACUUGUGGCAUUGCGACUUAGCGCCAUUGAUACACGGAACACUGUGCUAAAAUCGUGGCCAAGGAAGCCUCCUGGACGCUUCUCCGUCUUCAAACUCAUCGCGAUCUACGCUACUGGAUCGUACGGUCUAGCUCUCACUGUUGCAACGCUAAUUCUACCUCCAGGCGGAGAGCAAUCAAUGAAGGAAUACGCCGUCCCUGUCGUCGGAUUCAUGCUCAGCUUGGCAUUCUGUACCGUGUUCGCAUGCGCAAGUCAGCGCGAUAUGCUGCGUGCCUUGUUAUUCCACAACUUUGGUUUUCUAUUCGCAAUGAUGCACUGCUCUAUGGCGUGUCUGUGUGCCUCGGAUAUGAUGAGUUGGGAUUAUCGCUGUUGGGCUGUGGCGAGUGCUUUCCUGUGGUUCGUGUGGGUCCAGCUGCUGGAUGCUGUGACUCCUCCUAUACGACGACAACUCUUUUUCUCGAAGCUACAAGUGGUGCCAGUGUUGUGGUUGUUGUGGGCUCUGAUGUUCGCAGUGGCAUAUGCCAGUAUCUUUAUCCCCGCAGAGAGCAGUGGAUUGCAUGGAAGGAAUCUAUUGCACUUCCACGUAGGCCACAAAGACACGGUGAUCAACACCAAGAUCAUCCUUAUUAAUCGUGUAUUCAUCAUGUUCUUCUGGAUGCAACGUCAUGCGUGGAAUGCCUUCAAAGGAGCGUUCAUACGCUGCAGACUGUUGAUGCACCCGCCAAUUAUUUCAGAAGAUACGGAUGAAGACGCUCUAGAUCCGGACGAAGAAGAGCUGAGUAUUAUGCGUGGAUCUUUGGAAUAUUUCUGUCCAUUCGACACUUUCCCCGGACUAAGACGCAGGACCCGAAGAACUCGUUGA